GAAGCAUUCCAAGCGGCAGCCGCACCCGCGCGUGUCUGAAUGAGACGCAGGGGAAGGGAACGAUGGGACGGCCCGCCUGCUACUUACUGCUAGAUAGGGCCAGCAGCAGCAAGCGCUAGCUGCAUACGCAUCCCUUGCUUUCCUUGCCUGCCUGCCCGCCCGCUGCCAUCCUAUCUAUAUAUCCUCCAAUUCAAUCCAAUUCCUUGUUUGAUUGCUUGCCUCGCCUGCUCCUCCUAUCCGGGAGCCGGCAGGAGAAGGACUAGAUGGAGCAGCAGGUGGUGCCGGCGGCGAACAAGAACAAGUCGUCAUCGUCUUCUCGGUUCCGGCGGGUGUGCGUCUUCUGCGGCAGCAGCCCCGGGAAGAAGGCGGCCUACCAGCUCGCCGCCGUCCAGCUCGGCCGACACCUGGUGCGUACGCCGCCGCCGCCACCCCUCAAUUUCUGGGUGGGUUGGUUGGUUUGGUUUGUUCAUUCCGCUGCUAGAAAAGAUAGCUGCUGCCCAGCAGCCAAGGGGAGAAAGGCAAGGCAAGGAAAGAGGGGGAUCCAGAAAAGGCCAAAUCGCUCGCAGAUACCAAUGGAAUGGAUAGUAGGCGGCGCCUUGCUUUUGCUUCGGGACACAUGUGUACACGACCAAUCCAUCAAUCAAUCAUGCAGUGUGGAGCGCGGCAUCGACCUGGUGUACGGCGGCGGCAGCGUCGGGCUGAUGGGUCUCGUCUCCCGCGCCGUCCACAGCGGCGGCGGCCACGUGCUGGGGAUCGUGCCCAAUGCCGUGCUGCCGCGGGAGCUCAUCGGCGACACGCCGGGGGAGCUCAAGGACGUGUCCGGGAUGCACCAGCGGAAGGCCGAGAUGGCGCGCAACUCCGACGCCUUCGUCGCGCUCCCGGGUGGGUACGGCACUCUGGAGGAGCUCCUUGAGGUCAUCACCUGGGCUCAGCUGGGCAUCCACAGCAAGCCGGUGGGCCUGCUCAACGUCGACGGCUACUACGACUCGCUGCUCUCCUUCAUCGACAAGGCCGUCGAGGAAGGCUUCGUCACCCCCGCCGCGCGCCACAUCGUCGUCGCCGCCCGCACGCCCCACGACCUGCUCGCCAAGCUCGAGGACUACGUGCCCGUGCACGACGCAGCCUCGCCCAACCUCACAUGGGAGACGAUGGAGCAGAUCAAGUCAUCCGACACCAAGAACAUCUCAUGCUUCUCACGCUAGCAUGAUGCACAUAUCUAUAUAAACCCAUUCACAACAACAACAACUAAUUAUAUUGGAUUGUUGUUUUCCCGCUAAUUAUUACUACUAAUCUUUCUUUUCAAAAAAAUUAUUACUACUAAUCAAUCUAUGAUGAGCCAGCUCCAACAGUACAUGCAGCACGUAGUCAAUCCCUCGGUUCAUUUUCUUGCUUCUUAAUUUAUUUAUUAUUAUCUUUCUCUCUGUAAAUGUAUACACUUACUAUUAUUAAUACUCCUAUAUGGUGAUUCGCCCUCAGCAUUAUUGCUGUGCUGUAAUAUAAUGUUACUGUAUUUGUCCUA